UUGAUAAACGAAUCAGCCGUUUGAUUUUCAUUAGUUUGUUUUUUAACUGAAAACUUAUCUUCGUUCAAAUCGUUUUCUAUGUGAAAUAAAAUUGUGAACGUGCUGUGAUAUUCAAUAUAUUGUUUAAUUUGUAGUGUUUUAAUAAUAUUGAUUAUAUCCGUCUACAAUAAACUGUCAACUGCAUUGCGGUUUUCGUUUACGAUGUCCUCAUAUAUUAGUGAUUUUAACAACAAUAUUCAAUCCUACUUCAUUAGUAGCACUUAUGGAAAUGAGACUCUGGUUAACAACAGUUUACAAUACCUAUCUCUUGUCACGGACCAACGAGUGUUCGAUUUGUCCGCAUACGGGAACAAUGUAUUUUUCAUCAACCUGCACAAGUUGAUGAGUUCGGGUACGAAAAAGAUGUCCCUUCUGUGGUCUGCCGUGUCCGUCUUGGAAGCGGCCACCGCCAGUUGUGAGGAAACCCGUGAAGCGUUAGUUAAGAAAUUUCACUAUCUUCCAACGUUGGCCAAGAUGCUAGAAGAAACUCACAACGCAGAACAACAGCAGAGACUGUUGGCACUGAUUGAGUUGCUGACGUACGGAGUGCAGCUGGAGUGCCACGAGCCUUAUGUUGAAGCCUUGAUUCUGAAACUGUUGGCUGUGAUGGAGCAGGGUCACGGUCAGAAGGACAAAACAGAGCUCGUGACGUUGGCUUUGUCGAUCUUGGUUAAUCUCUGCUACAUGAACCUUCCGAUGACGUAUCUGUUAACGAAGAAUAUUAGCACUUCGACGUUUUGUGGCCAAAUUAAGCAGUUCGGGCUGGUGGCUUGUAAAAUGUAUAUUAUUUUGGAGAAGAAUGACUACAUGAAAGAGAUGGAUUUGCAUUAUUGGCUAAAAAUGAGUUUUAAGGAGGUGAGAAAUGUGUUGACGUCGAGAAACAGUAUUGUUUUGCGCCAUGUAGUCGAUUAUCUGCGAUACAUCCGUCAGUGUAAUGCUGACGAGGCUUCAAAGGAGAACAGGCGGAGUACUGUCAGCAUCGAGGACAAUUUUUUCCGAGAAAACUUGAAGGAGUUUUUGGAGGACAUUGAAAAACAUGUCAGCGGUCAGUCGAAAGAGAAGGAUGUUGUUCACACGAGGAAAAAACGAAGAGCCGAAGAGAAGGCAGUUAGCAAUGCCGCAGAAACGGACAAAGACGACUGUAUGGAUAUAUUAUUCGAGAUUUUAGAAUGUAUUGUUUCGUUAGAAUCGGUUGGCGAAACUUUCAUGAAUUCAAUGGUAGAAGUAGCCCUAAAGUGGAUUCGGUCGAGGCAUAGCUGCUCAAAAGCAGUGGAUCUACUGCGAGCGAUUCUUGAAAAACUUGGAAAAUGUGAGGAAACCAGUAGUAGUUUGGCUACUGUGGCAGACUCCUGUCAGAAUGCAUUGGCUGAGCUGAAGUUAAUUAUAAAGGAUAACGACGAUCACAAACUUCUGAUCUCAAUCUGCAAACUACUGACCACGAUGGUGAAAGUUCAAAACACGUCUCAUUCGGAUCUUGAUCAAUCUGCCGAACCAAUCUUCCGGCGCAUUUUUGGACCCAUUUUAGACGGCAGCCAAUCGUUCGACUAUUUCCUACCGGACAGUGAAAUUCGAGUGUAUCUGUGGGCUUUACACACAUUUAACGAAUUUGCAAACGUAGCUCCCACGCUUUGGUUCGCAAAGAUUGGUAAUUUGCUGAAGCAGAAGCAACUUCACUUUCUGAUCGCAAAAGGAUUAACCUCCGGUGAGGAAGAUCUUACGGAAGCCAUGCUGCAUGUGUCCUCAUCAGUGGACUUUCCUCGCCGGGAAGUAUCUCAUAUGGUUAGCAUGCUGAAUGCUGGCUGGCGAAAUGCACUUUCCGAUUCACAGAAGCAGAAAGUUGCUAGCAGCAAUGUUUCUAGCUUUCCCAAUUCUGCGGCACUUAGCCGCGAUAUGCUGGAUCGAAUGAAUCGAACCGUAUCGCACAUACAGGAUAUGGCUUCGGCCGGUCACAUCAACGACGUGACGAAGGUUGAACUGAUUGAAUUCUACAAUCUGAAGAUCAAUAUGGAGUCGCAAAUGAUGGGCGAUUUGCGAACUAGUCUUGGCAGCAUGUCGGCGCAGAUAUGUACGUUAAUGCAUCAGAAUCAGCUACUGACAGCGGAAAUUAAUAAGGUUCAGCGGCAGAAUUUGCCGCUGGUGCUGAAGGUUUCUGCACAAGAAGCAGAGAAUCGUGUGCUGGAGAAGGAGCUUAACAACAUUAAAAGCGCUACCGCUUCGUACGACAAGAAGAUUAAUCAGAUGAAACAGGAUUUGUCUGAUUACAUACGAAAGGCGAGUGAAAAAUCCCAACAGUGUGUUGCUCUGGCCAAGGAAGUUGAAAAAUGCCGAGCGCGGAAUGAGAGCUACGAAAAGGAAAAUACGCGGUUGCAGCACGAGUUGGUGGAAAUGACCAAAAACCGAGACGAUUCGCGCACGCUACUGAAGGUCUCCGAAGACACCUGUCAGAAGUUAAGCGAGCAGAAAGAAGCCGAUAAGAAGAUGUACGAAACCAAGAUUCGUGAAAGGGAGAGAGAAAUUUCCAAACGCACCGAUUUGAUUGGGCAGCUGGAGCAGCAACUUUCAAAACGGGAUAGUGAUCUUGCCAGGCAGGAGAGCGAACUGAAGGAUCUGUUGACGCAGAUUGCAACCAAGGAGGAACGAAUUGCUCAGAUCGAAGCGGAAUUGAAGGAGAGUGAAAGUAUACAGAAGGCAAUUUACAGCUUGAUGAACAAGGGGAAAAAAUGAUACAUGGACAGAGUUCUUAAUCAAUGUUAGUUUCUACUCUAGUUUGCUAGAGAAAGUCUUGACUGUUUUGAGUUUACUAACCUUACAUUUGGUAAUAUUCAAUUCAGUGCGUUGUGCUGCUGAUUGUAAAAUACUGAUACAAAUAUACCGCAACAUUUUAGCAAGUGAAAACCAUGCCAUACCUAUGAA